AUGUGGGACAAGAGCAGAGAGGAGCUUCUCUACAGGGGCACCCAUCUCGGCGUUCUCGACGUCCAGGCCAUGAUGAAAGUCGGGGUCUGGCAGCUGGAGACCGUGCUCUACAAGGACUUGCUCUUCUUCGGCGCGUUCUCCGAACAGUCCUGGGCCAAACUGGGACUGCCGACGAUCCCGCGGGCCGAGCUCUUGGAUAACGCGGCGGACGAGAGGGUCGGGCGCUCGCUCGUCGACCGACUCUUCCAACGCGACGGGGGCGUUAGCCGAGGGUGGGUGAUCAAGAAGAUCGUACAGGACGACGGCUUGCGGUCCCGUCCGGGUCGAGAAGGCGCUGGAGCAUCUGGCGGUUCUCGUGCACAUCAGCAGCGGGUUCCCGUCGCGUGCGUGGGAGCUUCUCGCCGUGCGGCACCGGAACAUGUGCAACGGAGGCAUACGCAAGUCGGUAAUUGGGCCCUUUCCCCAACCAUUGGCAUAUUCCAGCCCUGCAGAGAGGUCACCUUCGGUGAGCCACACCAACGCGAGAUGUACUGGUACUUCGCGAAUCUCUUCAAGAACAGCAACAAGGGCAUCAAGGGCCGCGGCAAGGAUCGCAGGGUGAGCAACCGUGGCACGAAGUCCAGGACGGCGCCUUCGUCCUACCCCGCCAAUCGUGUCCCAUGGCCUGCCAGCUUGGCGGCGUACAGCUCGAAGAGACUCCCUCCCACGGAGCAGUACAUGCAGCAGCAGCAGCAGCACCCACACGGUUACGAGGUGUACGACACAGACAUGGACCGGUCCUCGAGUGCAAGCAGCCCCAGAUACGACGACGUGCCUGUCGCGUACCGUGUCCGCAUGUAUCAGAAGUCAACUCAUGCGAUGUACUAA